AUGGCCUCUUCCAACCUCGUCUGGUUUAUUACUGGAGCAAACUCUGGUUUCGGCCUGCUCCUCGCCCAGCUUGCGCUCUCCAAUGGCCACACCGUUGUAGCCACGGCCCGCAGCCUUUCCAAGUUCCCCCAAGCUCUCCAGGAGAGCCCCAACGCGGACUUGAUUGAACUUCAAAUCACUGCUUCUUCAUCUGACAUCACAUCCGCCAUUGAUUCCGCUGUUUCCAAACACGGUCGAAUCGACGUGCUCGUCAACAACGCGGGCUUUGGGCACAUGGGAGCAGUCGAGGAGGUCUCGGACAAAGAAGCCCGCUACCAGUUCGAUGUCAACUUCUUCGGCCUGCUCAAUUGCACUAGAGCAGUGAUUCCUCACAUGAGGAAGCAGGGCUCAGGUGUCAUCCUGCAGAUUUCUAGCGGUGCUGGCCUACUGGCGGGUCAUGGCGCCCCGAUUUACGCAGCCUCCAAGUUCGCUGUGGAGGGGCUUAGCGAGGGCAUGAAUGAAGAGCUCAAGCCAUUUGGCAUACGAGUUCACCUCAUUGAGCCGGGAAUCUUCAGAACUGAGUUUUUGAAACCCAGUUCUGAGGGCAAGAACGUUGCCGCGAAAAAGGAUGGAUACCUUGACAUUGGCGGUAUCCUUGGUGGCAUGCAUGGGAAGCAACCAGGAAACCCCGAGAAGGGAGUGCAGCGUAUUUUUGAGGUUGUAACAACAACUGGAAUGGGAGCCGUUAUGGCCAAGCAGCUGAGAGUUCCCCUGGGAUCUGAUUGUUUUGGCAUGCUCCAGAACAAGGUUCAGCAACUCACCGAGACGGUGGAAAAGGGGCGGGAGAUCGCACUCAGUACGGACUACUGA